UCACCGGCUGAAUUCAUGGACGUUGAAUACCUAUAUUCCGAGGACGAACAACUCGAACAAGAGUUUCCGGUCGUUGAGCGAUCAGACUUUUCAGAUUCAGGCAUUUUAUCGUUUGAUUUGAUUAACUCGGGCGUGGAUGCAACAACAAAAUCCGAUUCUCGGGUGAAAAGUGUCCUUCAACAGUCGUAUGCUGUAGAAGAAGAUGAUAUAGCUACAGAUAUGUCUAUAUUCUCUGACUACAACGAGUCAUCAAUUUGUUCGGAGAAUCAAAACGAGACGUGCAAUUUGUCGACGGUGUCGAUCAAUCAACCAUCUCUUGUCAUGGAGCAUUCUACUUCCGAUAUUUAUGCAACUCCGGUGAAGCAUACGGUUCCAACAAAUUUGUAUGCAGUAGACAAUCGCGUAUUCAUUGAAGAUAUUGCCGAGAAAACCACUCCAUCGCAUCCAUCUAAAAAUGGCACAAAGAGGCGUCUUCGAUACCCUGGUGACGUUAGAGACGAUGAAUAUCUGACCCCAAGAUCUUCCAAAAAAUGUAUCCGAAUUUUAAAGAAAACCGUUAGACAGCAACGCGUCAAAAUUCGAAAUCUGAAUAGAAAGAAACAGAGGGCUUCGCGACGAAUAACGACGUUACAGUGUCUUGUACGCGAUUUAAGACAGAAAAAUAUGGUUUCUGAAAGCGCACUGGAGUCCCUGAAGGUAUUUUUAAAUGUGUGGUCUCACCAACUCUGUGUUUGCUCUGACGUCUUGGAUCUGGUUGUGUUUUGUUUGAAUGUUCUGUCUUUACUAGCACUAGGAUCUUCAGAAAAAAUAAAUUAAUUCAACUAACCGUCAAUUGUUUAUUUUUCGUGUUAUUUUCCUACAAUGGAACCUGGCAUCUAAAACA